GUCCCACUAAGAAAGUUAUGGACACUGUACAUAUCAUUUACAAUAAAUAAUAUCUGAAAAUCAAACUUUAGCUGAAAUACAUAUAUAUGUACAGUAGAAUAUAAAGGUGAACUUUAAUAAGUAUAAAAACAUAAGGUCAUGUCAGAAAGAGCAUGGGACCUAUGCAGUGUCAGAACAAUGAUCAUGGUUUGUCCGGAAUACAACAGAUCCCACCAAGAAAAAGAAGAACAUAUGCUUUUACAUUUAUCCAUUCACACAUUAUAUAUGCAUCCACAAAGCUCUGGAACUGAUACCUUGCAGUGUUUUAUCUUUCCUUUGUUUAAAAUUCUAAAUCAAAACCUUCUCCAAGCCAGCAUGGGAAUGGAUGGGAAGAAGUUGGAGUAUAAAGGGGAAGAUGCUCUUAGAGAGCUAGAGGAGUUGACCAUAAAAGCCAAAGAAGUACAAGAUAGCAUCUUGAAGGAAAUCAUCACAAGGAAUGGUGCAAGUGAGUACCUGAACAAAUACAUGCAGGGUUCUAUUGAUCUCUUAACAUUCAAAACCAGGGUGCCAGUGAUCACGUACGAGAAAAUCCAGCCUUACAUCCAGAGAAUAGUCAAUGGAGAGGAUUCUUCCAUCAUAUCUGGUCACCAGAUAACAGAGAUGUUGAUGAGCUCAGGAACUUCUUGUGGAGAACCAAAGCUAAUGCCAUCCAUAGCAGAGGACCUUGACCGUCGUACAUAUCUCUACAACCUUAUUAUGCCAAUCAUGAACAAGCACAUUCCAGACUUGGACAAAGGCAAAGCCAUGUACCUACUUUUCAUAAAGGCUGAGAAGCAGACUCCAUCAGGUUUACCAGCUCGGCCCGUGCUCACAAGCUACUAUAAGAGCCCACACUUCCGAACUCGAACACAUGAUCCUUUCAAUGACUAUACCAGCCCAAAUGAAGCUAUUCUUUGCCCUGAUAGGGACCAAAGCAUGUACUGUCAGCUCCUUGCCGGACUUAUCCACAGACAAUGUGUUCUUCGCCUUGGAGCCGUAUUCGCCUCUGCCUUAUUGCGUUCCAUCAGCUUUCUAGAAAAAAAUUGGAUAGACUUAUGCAGAGACAUUCGAACUGGCCAUCUAAAUAAAUCCAUAACUGAUCCAAACCUCAGAGCAGCAAUGUCAAAGACAAUCACAUCACAAGAUCCACAACUUGCCAAUGAACUUGAGGCUAUUUGUAGCUUGAGAACAUGGAAGGGCAUAAUAUGCAAAUUGUGGCCUAGAGUGAAAUACAUUGAGGCUGUGCUCACUGGGUCAAUGGCACAAUACAUUCCAGCAUUGGAGUUCUACAGUGAAGGGAAGAUUCCAUUAGUGUGUACUAUGUAUGCUUCAUCAGAGUGCUACUUUGGAGUGAACUUGAAUCCACUGAGCUACCCAACUGAGGUCUCAUACACUCUACUGCCAAAUAUGGCCUACUUUGAGUUCAUACCACUUGAGAAUGGGCUACAACCAAACAAUGAAGAGAAGAUAGAGCAAGAUAAGUUAGUAUCUUUGGUUGAUGUUAAACUAUGGUGCUACUAUGAACUUGUGGUCACCACAUUUGCCGGUCUUUGCAGGCAUCGGGUUGGCGAUAUACUUCUGGUUACUAGCUUUUACAAUUCCGUUCCACAAUUUAAGUUUAUUUGUCGUAGAAACAUCUUGCUUAGUAUUGAUACUGACAAGACAAACGAGGAAGAACUCCAUAAAAGCGUCACAGCCUCAAAGAAGCUUUUAGAAGCAUAUGAUCUACUCCUUAAUGAGUACACAAGCCAUGCUGACACCUCAACCAUCCCUGGACAUUAUGUUUUGUUUUGGGAGAUCACAAAUACUUCAACCAAGCUAAGCUUGGCUACGCCACUUAAUGCAGAACUUCUACAAAAUUGUUGCCAGGUAUUGGAAGAUUCACUUGGUUAUGUAUACCGACGUUGCCGAUCUCAUGAUAAGUCAAUAGGUCCAUUAGAAAUACGUGUUGUCGAAGAGGGAACCUUUGAGGCACUUAUGGACUUGAUAAUUAGUCAAGGUGGCUCAAUCAAUCAGUACAAAACACCAAGGUAUAUUGAGCAAGGUCAAGCACUUGAACUACUUAAUUCUAGGGUCAAAGAUCGUUUCUUUAGCUCUAGAGAUCCAGUAUGGAGCUUGUGAAAUUAGGAAAAGCAAUGAACUCAUAUGAUAUUUGUUAAAUGAAAUUCAACAAGCUUCUACUUGAGAAAAAUGUCCCAAGAUGAAAUAGAAAACUCCCACAAACAAACAAAACAAUAAGUGACAAUUUGAUUAUUCAGAUAGAAUUGAUAUCACUUAAUUGUGUAUCUUAUGGUGAUAAUGGUCUGAAAAUUGAACAGGAAAGAGAUAGCUGUAAUUGAUUACCAGCAUAUAACAUCAAUAUAAAACUAAAUUGAACAAGAAAGAGGUUGAUAUAAGUUGAACUGUUUUCAGGAAAAGACAAAAAG